AUGGAUGAAAAGGCUGAACAACAAAAACAAGAGCCUGGUUUUGCCAGCGAAGACAAUGGGGAAGCAUUCAACCUGGAAAAUAACGACAAAAGCCUUCCUGUAGUACCUACUGGGUAAACUAUGCAUAUAAGAAAAAAUAUUUCAAUAAUCUUUGAAAAAACCUAGUUACUUUAAAACUUUUCAAUCGUACAAUCACUAUUUUAAAUACAUCUCUUUUUUAUUUUCCGUAUUCCAGUGAUGAAACACCACAACCAAAACCGAUGCAUGAUGCAUUUUCAGAAAAAAGCCCGGCACCUUUACUGUUCAGUCAUGGCGAUCUACAAAGAAACACACAGCAAUUUGUAGAUGAUAUUAAUGCAAAGAGAAAACGCGAUACCGAUUCGUUAGCAGGUUAAUAUUUUAGGUUUCUGACAAUAUAGAAUUCGUUUCAGCUUUAGAAUUAAUCUUGAAUUACUCAAUUGAAUCCAUAUUUAUGUAUUUGUUUCGUGUAGAAGUACGAAAAGCUCUGGAGGUGCAAGCAACAAGCACUGCAAAUACGAUUGAAGAGACUUUAGUUGGAGUAUAUGAAGAGAACAGUAAAGUGAUACAGGAUAAACUUCAAGAGAUUUUUGCAGUUUUAGAUAGAAUAUGUAAGUACUUUACCACAGCUGGUAUUGUCCAGAUUUACCACCAAUGA